AUGGAAAAGACUACAAAAGACGCUUUAUCUUAGAUUCCUAACAGUUAGACUAAUAGUAGUACCACAGCAAUAGGUGGUAAUUCCGCUUCAAAUGCAAAUAAUACAAACGCUGUUAGCAAAUAGAGAGCAUAGACUAAUGCAGCUGCAUUGCAAGAUUUAUAAAAGAUAACAAAACAAAGAGUGGAGAACUUUUUAAAGAAUUUUGAAAAUAUCUAUGCAGAUGUUGCAAUUGAUUGUGCGACUUACGGUUAGAGGAUGAAUGAUGCUGUGAAAAGUUUAGCUCAAAACAACGAUGCAAACGAAACUAUGCGUAGACUCUACAGAGAAAAUAGCUAGCUGCAAACUAAGAUAAAGGAAUAGGAAUCUUACCUUUCUAAAUCAGUACCCUUGGCAGAUACAGAAAAGGAUUUUAUUAUGAACUAUUUUGGGAAUCAAAGCAAGCAAUACGAAGAGCUUCUUUAAAAGUACAAUGAAGAAAGAGAAAUAUCAGAGCGACUUUCACUUAGAAUUCGUCAAAAAAUGGACUACUGUGUCACAUCAAUUACAGCCAAAGUAGGACAAGAUCCGAAUCAGAUUUUACAAAAAAUAAUUUAAAAUAAUGCAAAUUCUGUUCUAGGUAUUAAUACGAAUAAUGCUGCUUCUAUGAGUGGCAAAGAGAAUCAAAAUUAACCUAAUUUGCUGUCAAGUCAGUCAAGCUAGAAUCUCAUUGUUUAAUAACAGCAGAAUUAAAUGGAAAUUGAGGAUCAGACUUCAAACGCUAAUAAUAAUAAUUCUUAGCAGGAAAAUAGAUAAGAAGAGAAGGAAGGAUAUGAAUGUAUUUGUGGAGGCUAUUAAACUGAAUACUUUAGUUAAAAAUAUGAAGAAACCUUAAAGUAAUUAUUGGAUACUCAAUAAAAGCUAAUAGCAACUUAAACAAUAAUCAAUACAUCUCCUUCAUCUGUCAUAUCAACAGCUUUUACCUAGCCAGUUGUUGUUCAAAACAGUUAAAAUGGGAACAGCAUGAGCACAAGCACAGUUAAUGGGCUAUAAACUACUUAGAGUUUGUAAUAGCAGCAGCAAUAAUAAUAAGAGCAGUCAACUGGAAAUUAAAAUGGGUAAUCAAAUCAAUAAACCAAUGCAAGUGUGGAUGCUGUAGCUAACAGUGAUGGGAAUAAGAAUAAUUGCUAAAACUUAGAAUUAAAUGGAUCUGCAAGUGUUGGAAGCAGCAUACCUUGUUUGAAGAAAUCGGAAUCAAUACAAAUAUAACAAUAGCUGCUUUCUCAACCUGCCUUGCUUACUUAAGUCAGCACUAAUAUCUAAGAUGAGUUGUGUGAUGGCAAGUUGAGAUUACCUAUAACAGAGAAGCUGUAAAUCUUAUAGAAGCGUAAUGAACAGCUAGUUUAAGAGAAAUCUGAAUUAGAAAAGUAUAUGAGAGAAAGAGAAAUCGACUUAAAAAACAUGGAAGAUAAGUUCUUUAGAUCAGGUGCUUACUAGUCACUUGCAACUCAGACAGAGGAGUUACUAAAGAUUACAAUUUAAAUGAGAAGCUAACUGAAAGAAGCAAAAUAAUAGAUAAGUGACAUCGAAAAACAACGUUUCAGAGAAAUGUAGGAAGUGCUUACAAAAUUCAAGGAUGAAAAGGAGACACUUUUGAAAUAACUACACGAAGCUAGAGAGGGUGUUUACAAAACUUAGUUAGGAGAUGCUAUGAGAGAGAAUCUAACUUAGCACUUUAACUAUAAAAAGUACACCUAGCCUUUGGAAGAUUAAUUAGAGAAGGCAAGUGAAAUUCUUACAAUUGAAAGAGAACACAAUAGAGAUUUAGAGUAAAAAAAAUAACAGCUAAAUGAAUAAAUAAUUCAAUUAUAAAAGCAGAAUAGCGAUUUGCAAGCAAAGCUAAAUGAAAAAGAACAACAAAUAAAUUACCUGCAAAGCCAAAUGGGCUUCACUGGCGAGAGCUAUGUUGAAGAUAAAAUUUUUAAAUAUUAGAACCAUAAAGAUACUUUAAAGCUUUUGGAAAAAGUAAUGAACGAUAUGUGCAGUGCUGGUUAAAUCAAUUAAGAAUAAAUUAAAAAAUUCAGAGACCUUAUCGAAUAUAUAAGAAACAGAGAAGAGAAAAUUGUUUAACUGCAAAAGGUAAAGUAACAAAAUGAUAUAGAAAAGAAAAAGUUAUAAUAAAAUUAAGAUGAAAUAUGGAAAGAAUAUGAAAAUCUAGAUAAGUCUUUUAGCUAGAUGAAAGCAAGAUGUGAUCAAGUUAACCAAGAAUUAAAGUUAAUUUAGGAAAGAGAACAAGGACUGGAAUAUAAAAAUCUCGAAAUCUAAAUGCAGUUCUAAAAGGAAAAGCAGUCUUACUCAAUCUUGGUGGCAGCUGAUCAGCAAAAAAAGGAUAAUACUAAAAACUUAAUCGAUAAUCUUGAAGAUUAAAACAAAUAAUUAUUGUAAUAAAACAGUAAUCUAUCAUCAACUAUUGAAGAAGUCAACUAGCAAAAGCAGCUUAUCCAAUAACAACUCGAAGAAAAUACAGUGCUGUUGCUCGAUACAUAAUAAAAGUUUGAUCUUCUAAAUAAAAAGUUUGGUGAUAUUAACGAAAAAUAUAACGAACUUAUAGCAAACCAUGAAAAAAUCCAAUAAAAAUUGCAAACUGCUUACGAAGUCUUAGACAACAGCGAGUCUAAAAACACUUCUGCAGAAGUAGCACAACUAAAAGAAAAAAUAUAAAAUAUGCGUCUAUUGCUCUAAUGCAGUUGCGGAUAAAACUUCAAAGACACUAUCUUAUAAAAAUGCUUGCAUCCCUUUUGCAGAGAGUGCAUUGAUAAAUAAAUACGUCUUCGUUAGAGAACUUGCCCAAAGUGCCGUACAGCCUUUGGUCAAAACGACGUUAAAACGUUAUAUCUAAGUCAUUGA